UAGAGAGAGAGAUAUCGGGAGAAACAGAAAGGGGAAAUAAGGAAGAAAAAGAGAGGAGAGGAAAGAAGGAAGGCUUCAGCUUUUGCGCGCUUGCGAUCUGGAUGCCUCGCCAGGCUAGCUCAACUCUAUUUUGCAACGUCGGUUCUUUGGUUAAUAGCUAGUAAAGCGAGAGCGCUAUUGAUGGGGACUUUUGGAAGUGAACUUUGGAUAUGGUUGGAAGUUGCGUCUUUCGAGUGGAAGGACGUCUAUGUCACCCCGAUUCUUGAUGGUUUCACAUUGUGACAGCAUACAUAUAUCUUCCUCACACUUCUCUCUUCAAAAAUCUUAACUACUCGAUGACAAUGGCAAGAUCGAUUACAACUUUCUCGUCUGCGUUGCUUGCUUCUUUAGCUUCAGCACUAGUUCUUCUGGUUCAAGCCCAACAAAAUCCAGGUUUUAUCAGCAUCGAUUGUGGAGCAACUCUUGCAUACACAGAUGCGAGAACUCUUAUAACAUACGAAUCGGAUGAAGGACUGAUAGACUCUGGGAAGAUCAUGUAGACAUCUAGGAUGCUCACAUAUCAAAAUGAUCGACAGUUAUUGAAGAACAUAAGGACUUUCCCUAAUGGAACAAGGAAUUGUUACACUUUAAGACCAGAUCAAGGCAAGAAUAGAACCUACUUGAUUAGGGCAACAUUUUGGUAUGGGAACUAUGAUGGGGAGAAUCAGGAUCCUUCAUUUGAUUUAUACAUUGAUAUUAAUUAUUGGGCCACGGUGGACUACUCCUAUUAUCGUUUCGAGGAAAUCAUGUAUGUGCCCAAGGCAGAUGAUAUACAAGUGUGUCUUGUGAACACCGGCAAGGGAGUGCCCUUCAUUUCGGCGUUGGAAUUAAGAGCUUUGGAUGAUGGCAUCUAUCGAUUAGAAUCUGGAUUCUUGCAACUCCAUUGGCGGCACGACAUCGGACGAAGCUUGGAGUAUGAUGAUGUCAGGCACCCUAUUGAUGUUUACGAUCGGAUUUGGACACCUCAAAACUAUAAUUUCGGGGUCAUAAUAAACACCACAUCUGCCAUUAAUGUAUCUGACAAUAAUGAUGCAAAUAAGUAUAAGGUUCCCGGAGAAGUUCUUCGGACUGCUCAAAGAACGAGGAGUGCCAGUUCUCGCUUGGAUAUACAGUGGCCACCUCCAAAAUCUGGAAAGAAAUGGAUUGUGUACUUUCAUUUCGUUGAGAUUGAGAGACUGACAAGUGGCCUGAAAAGGGUGGUCACAGUUUCCAUGAUUGAUAAUAAUUUCACAAAGACGGUGAGCCUUGAAUACUUAAAGCCAGUGGUUGUAGUUUCCCCUCAAGUUGAGGGGUUGACCAUCACCUUCUCCAUUGAGUCGGCAAGUAAGUCUGGAAAUCCACCGAUCCUCAAUGCUGUGGAGUUCUAUACCGUCGGUGAUCUUCCAUUCGUACCCACAGCACAAGAUGAUGUGAAAGCGAUUACUGACAUCAAAGCAACGUAUCACAUUAAGAGAGAAAGCUGGCAGGGUGAUCUGUGCGUACCAAUCAAUUACAUAUGGGAUGGUCUAAAUUGUAGUUAUGAAAAUCCUCCGAGGAUUAUAUCACUGAGAUUGAGCUCAAGCAAUUUGACGGGUGGGAUGGUCUCAGCACUUUCACAUCUAUCAAGAUUGGAAUACUUAGAUUUGUCCAACAAUCAGCUUACAGGAACAAUACCAGAAACUCUGGCAGGAUUACAAAAUCUUACAUUUCUAAAUUUAAGUGGAAACAACCUGAUUAAAUCAGUUCCUGAAGCUCUCAAGAAAAGGAUUCUGGACAAAACUUUAAACAUGAGUUUAGAUAAUGCGAAUCUGUGCCUAGCUGAUCAUUGCCAGCAGAAAAAGAAACAAAAAACCAUCAUCAUUGCAGUUGCAACAUCAGUUUCUGGCUUGUUUGUGGUUCUCUUUGGUGCUUUGUCCAUUAUUUGGUUGAUUAAACCGAAACAAAUAGCAGAAUCUAGUCAAAGGACACUGAGGUCAAAGAAUCGACCUUUUAAGUAUAGAGAGGUUUCAAAAAUCACUGGGAACUUUGGACGAGUGAUUGGUGAAGGUGGAUUUGGAAAGGUAUAUCUUGGUACACUAGAUAAUGGCACCAUAGUUGCCGUGAAGAUGCUCUCUGAAUCAUCAAGGCAAGGAUACAAGGAAUUUCAAGCCGAGGCACAGCUCUUAAUGAUUCUUCACCACAAAAACUUGGUUUCCCUGUUUGGAUAUUGCAAUGAGUCCAAGCACAUGACAUUAAUAUAUGAAUACAUGGCUAAUGGAAAUUUAAGGGAACAUUUAUCAGGUGAAGUUAAAAUCCAUCCAACAGAGGGCCAUUCGCAAGUCUUGACAUGGAGUAACAGACUACAAAUAGCUAUGGAUGCAGCACAAGGUUUGGAUUAUUUGCAUAACGGUUGCAAGCCAUCCAUCAUCCAUAGAGACAUGAAGACUACUAACAUCUUGUUGAAUGAAGAUUUCCAAGCCAAAGUAGCUGAUUUUGGCUUGUCUAGAGCUUUUGCGACUGAAAAGGACUCUCAUGUAUCAACUUGUCCUGCGGGCACUCCUGGCUAUCUUGACCCUGAGGUUCAUUCUUCUGGAAAUUUUCACAAGAAGAGUGAUGUUUAUAGUUUUGGAGUUGUACUAUUUGAGUUGAUCACGGGUCAACCGGUGAUAACGAGGAGUCGGGAUGGCAGUGCUAGCAUACACAUACUUCAAUGGUUGAUUCCUAUUGUUGAAAGUGGUGAUAUACAAAGGAUUAUGGAUCCAAGGUUAAAAGGAAAAUUCGACGUCAACUCAGCUUGGAAAAUAGUGGAGAUUGCCAUGUCUUGUACACGACCAACGUCAAUUCAAAGGCCGGAUAUCCAUCAAGUUUUGGCAGAGUUGGAGUCUUUGGUGAGCAAAUCCAGUGAUUCCAUUGAAAUGACCUCCGUGGUGCUCCCAUCUGACAAUGCCCCAGUGGCAAGGUAGCAGAAUUUUUCCAAUCUAGUAAGGCUCACUUCUUUUUACAGUUAGAGAUUAAUUUUCGCACUUCAAUUGCAUCGCCUCUUUCACUUUUCUCUGUCAUUGAAUCUUCCAAACUCGCGGUGUAGCAAUGAUAUCCUUUUGUUCGUCGUGG